AUGUGGGAUGUUUUCAGUUGGUUCAGAGAUGUUCUUGCAUCUUUAGGUUUAUGGAAUAAACAUGGUAAAUUACUAUUUUUGGGUUUGGAUAAUGCUGGUAAGACAACCCUAUUGCAUAUGUUAAAAAAUGAUAGAUUGGCUACUUUACAACCAACUUGGCAUCCAACUUCUGAAGAAUUGGCUAUUGGUAAUAUUAAAUUUACUACUUUUGAUUUAGGUGGUCAUAUUCAAGCUCGUCGUCUGUGGAAAGAUUAUUUCCCAGAAGUCAAUGGUAUUGUCUUUUUAGUCGAUGCUGCUGACCCAGAAAGAUUUAACGAAGCUCGUGUUGAAUUGGAUCAAUUGUUCAACAUUGCUGAAUUAAAGGAUGUACCAUUUGUUAUCUUGGGUAACAAAAUUGAUUCUGCAAACGCCGUGUCUGAAGCUGAAUUACGUUCCGCUUUAGGUCUAAUGUCAACCACCGGUUCUGUCAAAGUCGAAGGCCAAAGACCUGUCGAAUUAUUCAUGUGUUCUGUAGUCAUGAGAGAUGGUUACUCUGAAGCUUUCCAAUGGUUGUCUCAAUAUAUUUGA